GGCGGUCUACUCCGUAGUGUUCGUUGUGGGCUUGGUGGGCAACUCGCUGGUCAUGUUCGUGAUCAUCCGGUUGGAAUUUCAAUGGAGGAUGACAAAACCAUGUGAUGAAUUGAGAGAUCCCAAAGGAACUGGUGUGAAGCUGCGCAGGGAAGCCUUGGAUUAAGAAUGGCUGGAGUGGCCGGGCGCGGUGGCUCACACCUGUAAUCCCAGCACUUUGGGAGGCCGAGGCAGGUGGAUCACGAGGUCAGGAGAUCGAGACCAUCCUGGCUGACACGGUGAAACCCCGUAUCUACUAAAAAUACAAAAAAUUAGCCAGGCGUGGUGGCGGGUGCCUGUAGUUCCAGCUACUUGGGAGCCUGAGGCAGGAGAAUGGUGUGAGGCAGGAGAAUGGUGUGAACCCGGGAGGCGGAGCUUGCAGUGAGCCGAGCCGAGCCGAGAUCACGCCACUGCACUCCAGCCCGGGCGACAGAGCCAGAGUCCGUCUCAAAAAAAAAAAAAAAAAAAAAGAAUGACUAGAGUUACAUGCAGUCAGAGAGAAGCUAUGACAGGACUGAUUUUCAGAGCUCCUGUUGAGCUCAUUCAAAUUCACAACACACCUAUGAAAUGAAGAUUGUUAGAGCGCGUUUUCAGAUGAGGAAAUCAACUACAGAGGUUUAAUGAACUGCCCAAGGAAAGGCAAUUGUUAAAUGAUCAAUCCAGUAUCACAGCCCAAUUUGCUUAGCCCUGAAUCUUCUCAGCGCCCUCUGCCUGGCUGGGUUGCUUUCUGUCCAGUGGAGGACUGGCUUCAUGGGGAGAGGGCAGCGCAAGAGGGCCAUUGUCCCCCUCUCCAUGUGCCCACGCUCUGUGGCUUGCUUUGGCUUAGGUCAGCUUUCUGUAUAAAAAUAGGAAAACUAAUUUUAAGUAUCUAUAUACUGCUAGGCAUCCGGGUAAUUGUGCCCUAGGAAACUGCACGCCAGUCAUUAGCGAGGUGUCAUUUUCUUAUAGGUGCUGUUGGGCAUGAGAAGUGCUCACCCUGCACGUACCCCUGAAUGCACUAGAACUUUCCUUCUAGGGGUCCAGAGGCGCAUGAUUCCACAGCCGGGACAACUGAGAGGAGGAGUUAGCAGCUCCCAGGGGCACUGGCUGUUCUCGUGGAAUCAUCGCUCCCCGUUACCCUUCCUUCCUUUCUGGCUGCCACCCUGCAUGGAUAGCCUGCAUCUGCGUGGGGCUGUGCGUCUGGAGUCCUGAUCGCACGUGGUUGCCUGCUGUUCUCUUGAUCAUUUGUGCUUUGCACACAGGAGAGUGAUUCUGGAGAGCUGCAAGGGCCUGGCUCCUAUAUACACAAAGAUGAAGACAGCAACCAACAUUUACAUAUUUAACCUGGCUUUGGCAGAUGCUUUAGUUACUACAACCAUGCCCUUCCAGAGUACGGUCUACUUGAUGAAUUCCUGGCCUUUUGGGGAUGUGCUGUGCAAGAUAGUAAUUUCCAUUGAUUACUACAACAUGUUCACCAGCAUCUUCACCUUGACCAUGAUGAGCGUGGACCGCUACAUUGCCGUGUGCCACCCCGUGAAGGCUUUGGACUUCCGCACGCCCUUGAAGGCAAAGAUCAUCAAUAUCUGCAUCUGGCUGCUGUCGUCAUCUGUUGGCAUCUCUGCAAUAGUCCUCGGAGGCACCAAAGUCAGGGAAGAUGUGGAUGUCAUCGAGUGCUCCUUGCAGUUCCCAGAUGAUGACUACUCCUGGUGGGACCUCUUCAUGAAGAUCUGCGUCUUUGUCUUUGCCUUCGUGAUCCCUGUCCUCAUCAUCAUCGUCUGCUACACUCUGAUGAUCCUGCGUCUCAAGAGCGUCCGGCUCCUUUCUGGCUCCCGAGAGAAAGAUCGCAACCUGCGUAGGAUCACCAGACUGGUCCUGGUGGUGGUGGCGGUCUUCAUUGUCUGCUGGACUCCCAUUCACAUAUUCAUCCUGGUGGAGGCUCUGGGGAGCACCUCCCACAGCACAGCUGCUCUCUCCAGCUAUUACUUCUGCAUCGCCUUAGGCUAUACCAACAGUAGCCUGAAUCCCAUUCUCUAUGCCUUUCUUGAUGAAAACUUCAAGCGGUGUUUCCGGGACUUCUGCUUUCCACUGAAGAUGAGAAUGGAGCGGCAGAGCACUAGCAGAGUCCGAAAUACAGUUCAGGAUCCUGCUUACCUGAGGGACGUCGAUGGGAUGAAUAAACCGGUAUGACUAGUCGUGGAGAUGUCUUCGUACAGUUCUUCAGGAAGAGAGGAGUUCAAUGAUCUAGGUUUAACUCAGAUCACUACUGCAGUCUGACAUGAAAAGAUAGAAUUUAAAAUAAACUUUUAGAGAUCUCAUGGUCUGAAGUCAUCAGAUGCAGACCACAUUCGUGAUCAGUGGAAACAUCAAGGACAAAAGGUCCAUGCAACACAUGCACCUCUUCUCUAGGGCACAGAAGCGAGGCAGAACCUCAGUUACUCUGAUGAACAAGGGAACAGGUCUUCUCCUUCUGGUUUCCUAGGUAAGGUUCAGCACCCAUCUGCUGUGGCCGUCCUAUGAAAUGUAGUUUCAAAAGCUCGGUUUAAGAAAAAAGGAAAAGAAAAAACAUUGCUUUCAGAGCUCAGUGGGCAUCCAAUCCAGAUGUUUAACAAUGACAGCAACAACCUCCAAUGGAAUGAGAACUAUUUCCAGGGUUCAUGCCCAGCUCACUGUAUGCUGUGUGGACAUGCAUUUCAUGUGGCUGUGUGGUAAGAAUUACAGCUUACGUAUGGCUUGGACCCACAUCUGAGGAAUCCGAUGUUCACUUAUACCAGAACAUUAUCUUGCUAUUUAUGAAAUUAUUUAAACAUUCAAAAGGUUGUUUUUAACAUGGUUUAAUUUCUCAAAAACUGCAGUUUUUUUUCUUAGCAUGCUAUUCAGGUAGACAGUCUUAUAAUAAAGCAUGUCCCAUUGUGAAGAAACAUAAAGUGGUGUGAAUACCACUGAAAAUAUAUAUAUAGUCUCUUCUGUAAAUAAUAGUACCUGUGCAAAUAAGGAACAGGCUUGCCUCCCAGCCAGGCAAUUUCCUGAGGGCACACUAAUGAUAUCCCCUGAGUUGCUAAGUUGAUGCUGAGACAUUUUGCUGGGAAUUAGUCAUGGCAUGAUCUCUUUCAGACUCCCUGAAUACCAUUUAGUCCUGUAACAGUGCUCACAACUCAUGUGUUAAUGAAUCACAAAGGCUUUAACUAGCUCCCAGGUUGUAGCCUUAGCAGGAUCUAGUUUAUUUGCCACAUCUCUUUAUGAACAUAUAGCGAUUCGCAGAUCCUCUCUAUUCAUGGAGAGGAAGGUGUUUUGCUUCUGUAGAUCUCAAGGUACUAUUUUGUGGCUCUCAGCAGGAGGUAGAAUUGUUCCUAAAUGUGUGCUGAAUGAGGACAUGAUGUCCCUCCUGGUGCUAGGACACAUCCUGCAUGGCAUUCUGUGAAGGGCAUACCUGCUGGGGAUAAUGCCAGGAGCAGCACAUUUAGGGUAAUUUUGCUAAAACUUCCAGAUGACAUAUAAAUUCCCUCUUUUUCCCCCUGAAACUUACCAUUUCAGAGGUAAUGGCUUUUUCUGUAAUAUGCCUGAGAAGAAAAAAGGGAUAAUUUAGAAAUAACACUCCAAGCCUAUAUAUUGUUAGGGCAGCAUCCUCUGGAAUUUAAUAGAAAAAUUGACUAUAUAGCCCUAUGUAACUACAGACAUCAUUACAACUGUUAAGUUCUGUUCACCGUGCACUUUCUUGGUGGUGUAUGUAAUCUCACCUUUUGAAAACAAAACCUUGCAUUGAAGGUUUUACACAUGGCUUCAGAAUGUUACUCUGACCAUGUUUGCCUCUACUCCAGAUUAUCAUGGCACCUAACACCGAUGACAUAUGGCAGAAUGGAAGUGAUUUCUCCUAAUGAAAAUGAAGUGCUCUUUUGAGUAUUUCUUGUUUUAUUGAGAUUCCUAUCUGCCCUUGUAUUUUUAUAACUGAAUGUAAAUAGGAAUGGCUUAAAUACUGGUUUACACUAAUCCCAUAGUUAAAAAUCUUGGCUAUGGUACAGGAAGGAUAUCUAUAUAGAAGAUAGUUCCAGAAACAAGCCCUGGUGAAAUAGGAAAUAUAAAAACUUCUUUAUGGAACAGGAAAACCCAAGAGACUUUCUCGUCAGAUUCCUUUCCAGUGCAAAGUAUAACAGAGCUAGGAUUGUGAGGUGAAAUCAGAGUAGUGUGUUUCCUUUAAUUUUUUCUGUCUUCUUUUUUUUUUCUUUGAGACGGAGUCUCGCUCUGUUGCCCAGGCUGGAGUGCAGUAGCACAGUCUUGGCUCACUGCAAUCUCCACCUCCUGGGUUCAAGCGAUUCUCCUGCCUCUGCCUCCUAAGUAGCUGGGAUUACAGGCGUGCACCACCAAGCCUGGCUAAUUUUUGUAUUUUUAGUAGAGACGGGGUUUCACCAUGUUGUGCAGGCUGGUCUCAAACUCCUGACCUCAGAAUAUUCACCCGCCUUGGCCUCCCGAAGUGCUGGGAUUACAGGUGUGACUGGCCACGCCUGGCCUGUUUCCUUUAAGUUAGCACUUCAUGUGCUCUUACGGCAUUAAUUGCCAUUAUUGGUUUGCCUGAUUUUCCUGCAUCUCCUCAUAUGUAAGUCUGCAGCCCAAGGAGAGAAUAGUAGCUGUAUGUGCCCACGAGGGGUGUCCAAGCUUCUUGAUUCUUGUUAAUCUCAACUCCCCAACAUUGAAAAAGGAGUGAAGAAGGGAAUAUCAUUUUAGGGUACUGCUUUAAAGGAAUGAUAAAGUAAACAGCGUAGCAGGGAAAAUACCACUUUCACAAAUGUAUUUCAUUGUCAAAGUGUGUACACGCUUUCUGUAUGUCCUGAUGUCCUGCUGUGAAGCAGGGACCACAUUGCCAUUUAUUCAUUGUUCCAGGCAAUGCAUUUGUCCAAACCCCUCUGGCUGUCUGAUAUCUCUUAUUUCUUGAUGUUCCUAUUCUCUGACCUCAACAAGGAGGACACUGUCUGUUGUAUCUCUUUGAGACCAGAACUGCACGUGUUUAACCUUCAGAUCCAUUCUCUACAUGAACCCUAUCUUUCCACCCUGGUAAGAAGGUCUGGAUGACAGGUCCUAACGAGGGGUCAGAGAAGGCACAGAGAAAUGAACCAGCCGUGCAGGGGCAGCACUGAGGAGGAAAGCCCCCACUCUAACUGGGAGGAGAGUGGAAACACUCGCAGUGUCUCAGAGUAGUUACCAGUCUAAGAGCAUCCCUCGAGUUUAAGUCAAAACUCCAGGCUUAAUACCAAAAAUAAUACAUCAUUUGGAAAAAUAGCUUGGAGAAAAAAAUCAAUAAAGAGUCACAUAAAAUCUUGAGAAAAUGGUUCUAUUCUGUGAUAUAUUACUGAGAAAUAAAGUUCUUAAACGUGUGUAACUAUUGUCAGACAAUUUAUAGGUGUUUCAUCUAGUCCUGGGACAAAAUAAGAUGACUCACGCAAACGCAGGGAGCACAUUGGCUGAGUUUAAAUUGGAACAUUGUAAAGAGAAAGCUGUGAAAGGUUGUGUGUCCUAUCAAUGAAAUUUAUUUUCUAACAAAGAGCUAUUUGGAUGAUUCAGUAUAAAUACGAAAAUCACAUCCAAAAAGGGUGUAACCCAGCUUCCUUAAGGCAAUUUUCUUCUCUGAAACAAGAAUGUCUCAUAUGUUCUUUACUAUAAUGUAUAUUAUUUUUAUCUUGUACUUUAAAAGAUGAUAAUUAUGCAUUGUAUAUACUAUUGUGUGCCUUGCAAUAAAAUCAAAACUGUACCUGCUAAAAAUCACAA